AUGUCCGGCGUCCGCGAUCCAGCCUUCUGGAAACGCUUCUCCGUCGCAGUCCACAUGGACGAAGAGCAAGGUCCCGAGCCAAAGCACUCCGACUCCUGGCUCGCCCGCCAAAAGAAGAAAGAAUCCCGCCGAACCUGGAUCUGCUGGACCUUCUGGCUGUGCUUCUUGGCUCUCAUUGCUGGGGUGGUCGCGGUGAUUAUCUGGUUGUUGAGUAGUGGUGUCCUGAGCAAAAGCAGUGGUGGUGGUAGCAGUACGACGACAGGUAGCAGUGGAAGUGGGAGCUCGUGA